GAGGAAGCAGCGGAACACAGACGAGGUAAGCUCUCACUGGGCGCUGAUGGCUCUCCGGCUUUGUUGACGACAGCAGUCCUCCAUGGGAUCCCUGCAGCGGGUUGAAAAGGCAGACUGGCUGACGUGAUGACGUUACUGGGAGCAGCAUCUCUCCUUCUGGCACACAGCUGAUGGAGAGGAUUCCCUGCUCCUCCUCUCUCACAGACGGCCGGGGUCGUAUGAGGAGGACGUGGAGCCCAGAAAUGAUACACUGAACUGGACAGAAGAGUUACUUGCGUCAACUGGAAGCACUGGGACCGGUUGAAUGGAAUGGAAGCCUUGCCUGUUGAUGAGUUUACAAGAAAAAGCUUUUUUGGUUUUGUCGAUGUUUCUUUUUGAAAAGCUCACGAGUCUUGAGUCUGCCACAAGGGAUUCCUAAAUAUUUUUUCCCGCACCCCCCAUCUGUUGCCUUGUCAUAGAAACAGCAUCAACGAGGUAGUUCCCUGAUCUAAAGCAUCAGAAUAACUUGAAUGAGUGCCUUUUGUUGUGUACGCAGCCCAUUGGCUAUAUGACAUCUUUUAUCCAGCAAUGUUAAAGCCCUGAGUUUUGUGACCUCAAUUUUUCACCUUUUAUUAUUGAAAAUAACAGAGUGAAAGCGCAUUUACUAUGCACCGUUGUCGCUGUCUCACAUCCGACACAGAACCAGUAACCUCAGUGAAGGAGAGACGCUCAUAACCAUUUCGACCACUCUGACAAACUUCUGACUUCCCUCUGAGUGAUUAUAUUUUUGUUUAUUAUCCACGGGGUUGUGAAGAUUGCUGCAGGGAUGUUCGCUGCCGUGGAGCAUGGCCCGGUCCUCUGCAGCGACUCCAACAUCCUGUGCCUGUCCUGGAAGGGCCGCGUGCCCAAGAGUGAGAAGGAGAAGCCAGUGUGCAGGAAGCGCUACUACGAGGAGGGCUGGCUCGCUACCGGGAACGGUCGAGGAGUUGUCGGGGUCACGUUCACAUCCAGCCACUGUAGAAGGGACCGACCCACCCCGCAGAGAGUCAACUUCAACCUCAGAGGACACAACAGCGAGGUGGUCUUGGUGCGAUGGAAUGAGCCCUUCCAGAAACUGGCCACCUGUGAUACAGAUGGCGGGAUCUUUGUUUGGAUCCAGUAUGAGGGCCGCUGGUCUGUGGAGCUUGUCAAUGACCGGGGAGCACAGGUGAGUGACUUCACCUGGUCCCACGAUGGCACCCAGGCUCUUAUCUCGUACCGCGAUGGCUUCGUCCUGGUGGGAUCAGUGAGCGGACAGAGACACUGGUCCUCUGAGAUAAACCUGGAAAGCCAGAUUACCUGUGGAAUCUGGACCCCCGAUGACCAGCAGGUGUUGUUUGGUACGGCCGAUGGACAAGUGAUCGUGAUGGACUGCCACGGGCGCAUGCUGGCCCACAUUCUGCUGCAUGAGUCGGACGGCAUUGUCAGCAUGUCUUGGAACUAUCCCAGCUUCCUGGUGGAGGACAGCAGUGAGAGUGACACUGACUCUGACGACUACUCCCCACCACAAGUGCACAGCCAGAAACCACUGCUGACUGUCAGCUUCACCUCUGGAGACAUCAGCCUGAUGAAUAACUAUGACGACCUCUCUCCCACCCUCAUCCGUACCGGUCUGAAAGAUGUGGUGGUCCAGUGGUGCUCACAGGGGGACCUCGUUGCAGUGGCAGGGAUGGAGCGGGCCCUCCUCUCCCCUGACUCCAACUGUCCUCCCCCCACCAGGAAUGCCAUUGUAAAGUUCUACAAUGUUCGGGGCGAACACAUCUACACACUGGAAACGCCAGCACAGCGCCCCAUCACUACGCUGUGUUGGGGUCACCGGGACUCUCGCCUGUUCUUGGCAUGUGGCCCGGCGCUCUACGUUGUGCGAGUGGAGCACCGUGUUGCCAGCCUGCAGCUCCUCUGCCAGCAGGGCAUCGCCACAGCAGUGAAGGAGGAAAAAGAUGUUGCCAAGCUUACCAUGCCUUCUCGCCUCUGUUCUUACGUCACUACUGCGUUCGUCCCCACUAUCAAGCCCCCCAUCCCAGAUCCCAACAACAUGCGGGAUUUUGUGAGCUACCCAACAGCUGGGAACGAGCGUCUGCACUGUACUAUGAAGCGUACGGAGGAUAACCCUGAGGUGGGAGGGCCCUGCUACACUCUGUACCUGGAGUAUCUCGGAGGUCUGGUGCCCAUCCUCAAAGGUCGACGGAUAAGUAAACUGCGUCCAGAGUUUGUCAUUAUGGACCCAAAGACGGAUGGGAAAACAGAUGAGAUCUACGGAAACAGUCUGAUAUCUGCCAUGGUUGACAGCUGUAACUGCUCAGACUCUAGUGACAUUGAGCUGAGUGAUGACUGGGUGGGCAAGAAAUCUCCAAAGAUAUCCAGGGGCAGCAAAUCCCCCAAACUGCCCAGAGACUUAGUUUGUCCCUUUACCAACAGGAUCAAUAUUGAUCCCAGAAAAUCGCCCAAACUGUCCCGUGCUACACAAGAGAUAUCCAGGUCUCCACGGUUACCUAUACGUAAACCCUCGAUUGGAUCGCCCAGCCUAACAAGGAGGGAAUUUCCUCUGGAUGACAUCACUCAGCAAAAUUACCUUGCUCAGGUUACAUCCAAUAUUUGGGGAACAAAGUUCAAGAUAGUGGGGCUGGCCACAUUCUUGCCAACCAAUCUUGGUGCAGUCAUCUAUAAGACCAGCCUCCUCCAUCUGCAGCCCAGACAGAUGACCAUCUACCUGCCAGAGGUACGCAAGAUCUCCAUGGAUUACAUCAAUCUGCCUGUCUUCAGCCCCAAUGUCUUCAGUGAGGAUGAGGACGAUCUUCCUGUCACAGGCCCUGCUGGUGGAGCUGACGACAACCCUCCAUGCACCGUCAACAUCCCUAUUGCACCCAUCCAUAGUCCCGCCCAGGCCAUGUCCCCUGCCCAAAGCAUCGGUCUGGUCCAGUCACUCCUAGCCAAUCAAAAUGUUCAGCUAGAUAUCCUAACCAAUCCCACUGCAACCCCUUCUGGGGUGGCUGCCAGUGGGUCAGACCAAAGCCAGGACACCAUCCUGACAGCCCAGUACACAGUCUCCAACCGGUACUCCAGUCCUGGUCAGGUCAUCUUUGGAGGCCUAGAAAUGGGUCGCCUCAUGGUGGGACCUCCACCUUCUCAUCAUCCCUCACAACAACAGAGUCACCAUCAACAACAACAACAACAGCAGCAACACCAUCAACAACAACAACAACAACAACAGCAGCAGCAGCAGCAACACCACCAACAACAGCAGCAACAACACCACCAACAACAGCAGCAACAACACCACCAACAACAGCAGCAGCAGCAGCAACAACACCACCAACAACAGCAGCAACAACAACACCACCAACUACAGCAGCAACACCACCAACAACAAAUUCAGCACCACCAACAACAAAUUCAGCAGCAACAGCAACUCCACCAACAACAGCAGCAACAGUUGCUACAGCAGCAACAUUUGCAACAGCAGCAGCAGCAGCUUCAGCAACAGCACAUCCAGCAGCAGCACAUCCAGCAGCAGAUCCAACUCAUACAACAGCAGCAGCAUCAACAUCAGCUCCAGCAGCACAUACAGCAACAGCAACAACAACAACUACAACAGCAGCAUCAACAAAUACAGCAGCACCUCCAGCAACAGCAACAACUGCAUCAUCAACAGCACUCACAGCAGCAGCAGCAUCAGCUGCAACAACAACAGCACCACCAUCAACUUCAACAGCAGCAGCAGCAGCAGCAGCAGCAGCAGCUCCAAAUUCAAAUUCCUGUUCCCCCUAUGUCAUCAGGUCAGCCUCCAGGUGCAGCUAUGUUCCAGGCGGGGGCGCUGCAGAUUCAGAUCCCUCAUCCAACCACUGAUUUAGCGGUGGAGAGAACAGCGGGGGGUGAACAGGAGCACCUUUUGAAGAUCAAAAGCCCUCGGCCAACUCCACAGCUAGCUGAGGGUGACACUGUGGUGUUCAGUACCCCUCUAGAGCUCAGCAAGAUGAACCCACCACCCCCCUACCCAGGGACAGUAGCUGCUGCUGUGGCUGCUGCAGCUGCUGCAGCUGCUUCAGCCUCCACCGCAGCCUCAAAUGCUGCAUCUGGACCAGGAGGAGGUACUAGUGGGACUCCUCCACCCGGGGACCUUUGUCUAAAAAAGGGUGAGUUCCCACUUUAUUCUUCUGGUCAGCAACAAGCCCAGUACCCCACACCACUGGGAUAUGAAAGGAUAACAACAUUUGACAGCAGUGGGAAUGUGGAGGAAGUGUGUCGCCCUCGAACACGCCUUGUCUGCAAUCAGAAUGUCUACACACUCCAGGGACCUGGCAGCUCUGCCACUCUCAGGGUCACCUCCUCAUCGUCCUCUUCAGGUGACAGGAAGAUCCAGCUGCCCUAUGCCUCUGCCACCCUCAACAGACUCACAGCUCCCCGCUAUUCCAUACCCAGUGGGGACCCGCCUCCAUACCCUGACCCAGCCAAUCAAAACAAUACUGUAGGCAGGAACCCUGGACAGAGGCUGGACAGCAGUCUCAUCCACGCCACUCUCAGGAGGAAUAGCCGAGAGGCCGCACUUAAAGUUUCACAGAUUCUGGAACCUCCCAGACCACUGCCUCCUAAGGCCAAAAAUAGUAGUGCACUAGCAGCCUCAUUCCAGCAGAGGGUGCCAACAGCCUUAUACACCUGCAGUCAGUGUAGCACUGGAUCCAGUGUUGGAGGCACUGCCCCAGGUAGUGCUAAUGGAAUAGCAGGAGGAACUAUUAUCAGACAGGAUUUUCCUCCAGGGACUGGAGCACCACACAGCACAGUUAUUGUUCACUCCAACAGUGCCACUCCUCUGGCCUCCCAGUCUUCUUACAACCUGCUGAGCUCUCUUGAAGGACCUGGGAGUGCAACAGGAGGAGUGAGCAACAGAGACAGAGCUGAUUAUGUUAAUUCAGCCUUUACUGAGGAUGAAACACUGAACCAGUCACUGAGGCAUCUAGCACUGGGAGGAAGUGAUGCAUCAGGGCUGGUUGUCAAACGCCCACCUCCCUAUCAGUGGGACCCUGCUGCCACAGAGGAAGUGUGGGUUCCUCAGGAAAGGACCGCGAUGCUAAAUCCCAGUGGCCCCCCUGGACCACACAAACCACCCCCACUUAUUCUAAGCCCAUCUCAGCACUUGGAUGUUUCCAGACUGCCUUUUGUCCUUUCUCCAAAGUCCCCCACCAGCCCCAGUGCUGCAUCUUUUCAAGCUGCUGCAGCGGCUGCCGGCUACCAAAUCUCGCUUCAGUACCCUCCAGUUACUGCCUAUCCUGGAGUACAGGCUCAGCCAAUCCCAGGGUCACCACGCCCCUGCUCCUCCCCAAAGGAGAUGGUAGCCCCUGUACCCUUCUCACAGCAGGAUGCCACCCUUGUCUUACCUCCAGGUUACCCCGCAAACCUGGCAAACCUUGCUUGCUGCCCCCUCCCCCCUCUGUAUCCUGGAGGUGGUGCUUGUGCUGGACUCCCCAUUCCCCCUAUCGCCCUUCACACUCCUUGGGGUACCUACAACUCUUGUCCACCUUUGUCUAGUCCUGCAGUGCCACUACCACCCAAAGCCUCCCACAUGGCAGUAGACAAAAAUGUUCUCUCGCCUCCUCCUCCUCCCCCUCCGCCUCCUCCGCCACCCCCGGCAGAGCUGCAGAAUCAUGGAGGAUUACAGGAGGCCAUGGCAGAGGCUGGGGAGGGUUUUCAGGAGGUUCUCUCCUUGACUGAGAGCCCAGUUCCGCAACGAUCUGAGAAGUUCAGCAAAAAGAACCGUAAGCGGGCAGAUGGGCGUGCAGAGGAAGCAAACGUGCCAUCAUUGGCCGAAGGGAGCAAGUCAAAAAAGGAGGGCAGAGCUUUAGGUGAUUUUAACUCGCUCAUCUCCAGUCCACGCCUGGGAGGAAGAGACAAGAAGAAGCUGAAGGGACAGAAAGAACAGCAACUGAAGGCAAAGAAGCUUAGCAAAGCCACUGCCAACAGUGAGUUCCAAGACAGUUCAGAAAGUGAGCCAGAGCUGUUCAUCAGCGGAGACGAGCUGCUCAAUCAGUGCCAGAGCGGCAAGAAGGGCUGGAAGAGUAAGAGGAACCUGAGGGCAGCCAGUGAACUGGACGAGAUUAAAUGUCGAAAGGCCAACGAGAAGGAGGACAGAGGGCUUGGCAGCCAGGGCUUUGUGUAUGUCAUGGCCAACAAGCAGCCACUGUGGAAUGAAGCAACGCAGGUCUACCAGCUGGACUUUGGUGGCCGUGUCACCCAAGAGUCUGCCAAGAACUUUCAAAUUGAACUGGAGGGCAGACAGGUGAUGCAGUUUGGUAGGAUCGAUGGCAAUGCCUACAUCCUGGACUUCCAGUAUCCCUUCUCUGCUGUGCAGGCCUUUGCUGUGGCUUUAGCCAAUGUUACACAACGCCUCAAAUGAGACCCCCCCUCUCUAAUAACUCUGUUAUACCUAGGAUUAAAAUGCAAUCUGUUGAAGGGGCACAGUUGUUUGAUUUGAGAUUUUUUUUUUGACAUUAAUUUAUAGAGAGAAGAAUAAAAUAAGCCCUGGUCAUAGAGAGAAACAAUCACGCUGCACUGCACAAUGCUGCCACUAGAGUUGGUGCAAUAAGCAUUGGCCCUCAGAUCUCCUCUGUUUGGCAGUCAGUGGCACCUUCAGAUGCAUGUAGGGCCAAAGAGCUGAGCUUUGGUAAUCAUCAUGCAAAUAAAUGCUGCUUAAGCUAGAAGAAGCUCAUAGUUACACGCUAACGAAUGAGAGAGAAGAAAGGUCAAGUGCAGUUUUUAAAACAAAGCAGCAGUAAUACUUGAAAACCACACUCUGGGGAUCAAAGAAGUUAUUUUUCUCAGAGUGCACAGGUACUACUGGGCACUGAAAUCCAUUGCUGUACUAAAUUUCAGUAAAACAGUUACCACUUUGUAAUAUUGCUUUGCUUUUAGGACUUUCUUAAAUGAUUUUACAUGGCUGAGAGUAGGAGGUCUUUGUUUCCGUUGCUCUCUGCCAUUCCUUUUGUUACUAUCUUAGUCUAUCUCAGCUGGAAUGGAGGCUUAGAUAUAUGUAUCAUUCUGGAGCACUACUAAGAGUUCACACUUUUUAAUGUUGUGAAAGGUGUGUCACUGAUAAAACACUUGGGAGUGAAGAUAGUUUAGGUGAACUGCAGUCUUUUUCAUGUGGUUUCCUGGGACUUUGAAGGAAAAAGAAAUGUUACUCUGCUACACAGAUUAAUUUAUAUGUACAUUUUGUUUAUCUAUUCAGAUAUGAAUUUAACAUUAUUGUCAUUGUUUGUGAUAUACAAUCUUUAUAUCCUGUCAACAUGAUUUUCAUCUUACCUGCUUUAUUUGGGAGACUGUUGGCUGAAUUUGAAAAAUGCUGUGCUGUCUGGUGGGAGGGUCGUACAGAAUAGCUUUGACUGACAUAUCCUGUCCUCAGUGAAAAAUCCACAUAUGGUGACAUGGGUGCAGAAGAUGUCACCGGGGCCUGGAUUGAAUAUCUCUGGCGUGAAGUGAUGUGUCACCUGCUGUCACUUCUGUGAAGUGAGUGUGUAGUUUGGAGGAGAAAGGGAGCUGUCCCUGCUCAUAGAGCCCACACUAUAAACACAUAUAAGCAAGGUACAGGAAUAUUUUUGUAUAUUUCACCUAUGCCAUUUCAUACUCUCUCCAGAAGUCGUGUAAAUACAUAUCAGUUAUAUGUAAAUGUUAUAAAGAGACUUUGGUGACUUUGACAGAUGUCUGUUUACACCUGUCGCCACUGUGUUUUAGUGUAACUUCAGGUGUGGAAACAAGCUGUUGUACUGUUUAACUCAACAGCUACAACCACAAAAGAACAAGUUAACAAGCUGAAAUCAUUGUCACUGAAUCUUUGAAGUCAGAACUCCAAUGAAGGAUGAAGCUAUUGACAUUUUCAUUUAUUUAGCUGACACUGAAAUCUUUUUACCUUCUUUCAGACAGUCAAGCUUGUGAUCAUGUUGAACUACACUGAUCAGGGCCAGCUGACGGAGGGGAGGAGAAAAACUUUUAGGCACAUAAAUUCUAUCUGGGUAGGCUAUUUAAAGAAGAAAGUAGCCAAAUUUGGUGAAAAGGCAGUUUUUCAACUAGUGAUUAGGAUUACCUCUAACAUUUGUGCCAAACCAUGCCUCUGCCCCAAAUUUAUAGUAAAAAAAUGGUUCUAGAAAAGAGCUUAACACAAUUCUUGGUAGUAAUAAAAGAAAGCUGUCACUUUGGACCAGCUCUGUUUUGGUCUUGGGGUUAUUGAGAUUAUUUAAUUCUUUAGUGCAAUCUUCUUAUAUCACAAUGUGAUGCAUGUCUGUCAAAGAGGAUUAAAGGGGGUUGAAAAAGAAUUUCAAAAAAAGUCUCUGCUGAUCGUAAAAAAGAAAUUAAAAGAACAUUAGCAUGUCAUAAAAAAUAUCCAUCUUUUUGUGUUAGUUGUGCAAUAUUUCUUUGGGAAAAAAUCUUUAGUCAACAUUUUUCACCACAGUUUGCUCUGUUCUUUUCAGCAUCUCAGUUGCUGGUAUGUACAUUUUAUUUAUGAGAUUAUUUCCUAAAGGAGAUAAAGUAUCUAUACAUACUGUAUAUUGUGGAGUUUUUUUCCUAAGCAUUUCUUUGUGUUCAUGAAAAAAUUGUAGCCCAAAUUGUGAGAUAGGAAGGUGGGGAAAGGGCUUUUUUUUGUGAAGUUUGCAUUGGAUGGAAAAGAUGUGAAUGAGUAAGUGCCCGGUUUAGUGUAGUCGGUAGACUAGUUAUGUCGAGUGUAACUGUCAAGUCAAGGUGUGUAUGUAUUCAACUGUGCAGUCUACCAAUCCCAUCAGUGUUAAAUCUCUUCUCUUUAAACGUGUGAUCAUGGCUUCUUAAACAUACACACGACACAUUGUUCACAUAAAUUCACAAGUUUAAACCACUGAGUUCAUGUUCAGAACUGCCUGUGGACUUAGGUGAAGGAUUCUCUUUAAAAAGAUUUCAUGAGAUGAGCUGUUGUAGAUAUUGUAGGAUCUGGCUUUUCUUUCGAAAAGAUAUGUGCUUUGUCAUUGUAGAUGUAGACUUAAACGAGAAAAACACUUGAAAAGAAUCUGAGUCUGAUUUGGUGACUGAACGUUUAUAGUGAAUGGAUAGCAAGGCAUGCCAUGUAAAUUAUUUUAUAAUUGUAUAUGUCACGCAUCUUUUGAAUAAAACGUCAUUGUUUCAGAAAA